GGGUGAUGUCCUGGGCCGUGGUAAGCUACUCGUCACUUGCCGUGCUGUAACUUUAUCCUCUGUUUCAAAGUUCACGCUCUCCACCGCCUUCCUCCUCCUUCUCUCCCUUGGCUACUCAAAGGGUGUGUUGGUGAUAUGCCUGAGUACAAGCUGGUCUAUCUUACCCUCCGUGGCCGCGCGGAGCCCAUUCGCUGGAUACUGGCCGUCACGGAUCAGCCCUACGAUGACGUGCGCUACAUCAGAGAGACGGAGUGGCCCUUUAAAAAGCCAGAGAUGCCAUACGGACAUGUGCCUGUGCUGUUCGUGGACGGGAAGCCGCUGUGUCAGAGCGUCAGUAUCUGCCGGUACCUGGGACGCAUGCACGGCCUCUUCGUGGACGACCCUUGGGAGGCCGCCUUAGGGGACGAGGUGGCUGACGCCGUGAACGACCUUAUUCAACCCGCCGGUCAGAUCGCGUAUGCCAGACUUGCGAACGAGACCGAGAAAUACAAGAUGCUGGCCACGGAGUUCCACACCACCACGCUGCCGCCAACCAUAAGGGAACUGGACCGCAGACUGGACGGACGGGAUUGGUUCUGCGGCUCCAAGAUGACGUGGGUGGACCUGUUCGCCGCCUGUUACCUGAAGGAGAUCACCUUGCAACACGAAGGCUCCUUGGACGCCGUCCCGCGCCUGAAGAAACACGUGGAGAAGAUUGCCAAGCUGCCACAGAUCGAGAAAUGGCUAAAAGAGCGGCCAGAUUCCAUGCUGUAGGUCUUCUUGACGUCGCCCCACAUCUGCCCCUCGAUUCAUCAACACCUUGGUGCCGUCACGGAGGCGCAGAAACUCCCGCAUCACCAUUGGACGAUGCACUAAGGGCGUCUUAAGGUGUGCUGAUCUCAUCAAGACCUCUACACCACAACCUCUCAGCUUUACUAAGACAGUGUAUACUCGUUCUCUUCAAAUGUAAAUGGUACGUGUCCAUGAUCACGCCUCUUGCUGGCUGGAGGAUGAAGGGUGUCUGCCGCCCCGCCGCGACUACACACACCACUCCCUCAUACCUCCACUUCGUACUCUGCUUCUGGUUCACCCUCCACCAUCAAGUCACACGGAGUAUAAACACACACACACACACACACACACACACACACACACACAGGAGGUCAAGACCAUUUCCCUUCUUUGGACCGUUACACGGUGAUAAACGCCUAUAAUUGUGAUAUUCCUUCAGCAACACAGGCAUCUGAUGUCCUCAUAGUGAAAUAAAGAGAGCCACUUUAAACACCACGAAAUUAAGCGCAUCACUUCCACGGACGCCUUAAACACCUCCCUAAAGCAGAAGGAACAGACCGCAACACCAGAUCGCUGUCCCGGUCAAGGAACGCAGCCACCAUCACUUCUCGGCACCAACAAUCUGCUCUGACCAGGCAGCACACAUUUACCGCCAUGAGGGUCGCGGCUCCCUCGUCCUCAGUGUGUAGCUGAGUAGGUGUUAAACAGAUACAAGGAUAAGGCUUCGAUGUGUCCUCUUGAACUGGUAUAGCCCCUCCCUCGCCCCCUGAACUAGUGUAAUGUUAGAACAGCUCAGUGUUUUGCCGCAGCCAAGUCAGCUCAAAUUUGAUUAGGCGCCAGUGUUCACUAGAAGCGGCGGUCACGAGGCGAGCCUCUGUGUCGUCCAGGAAAAGGAAAUCUUGUCGCCUCGUUCCAGGGUGUGGCCUGACCCAGGGUGUGGCCGCGUCCCAACGUGCCCCGGGGUCGGAACACAGAAGGGUAAGCCCACCCUGGUGCAGGCGUGCCCCGUCCCCAGAACCUCACGCUUUCCUUCCCUAGUGAGCAAUAGUCAGCCUCCCGCCCGUAGCUCUGCCACGUCCACUCACCAGUUGGUGCGCGCAGGCACUCCCUUCCCCGGGCAACACACCAUGUUGGUGACAGGAAAGUAGCAACCCUCUCGCUUUCUGAAGACACUAGCGCAGUAGCUUUUGCUAAACAAAAAUGUAAUCAAAGUAUAUAAGAUAUACGUAGAAGCUAUUCGUUUUACGAGUCCAGGAGAAUAAUAAAAGCAUUACGACUGUCCUUUUUGAGAAGUGUUUGCUGUGUUAGCUCAGCAACCACCUCAGUCCACCUCAGUCCAGCGAGCGUUGAGUGCGGGCAGGCGGCCUUCGUCCUCUGUCACCCAGUGACCGGCACCCUAAAAGCUGCCUGAAGUACCGGACCGUCGCCCCCAUCCCUAACUCCCAGCUGUCGCCUCAAAUUCUCGCUAGAACGAGCCUCGACUUUCGAAAAUUUGGGCCACACGCCCCCGUGACGUUGAUCCAAUAUUGGGGCGUAAGUGGACCUCCCGCACCUUAAGUAAACACAUCAACUGAGGAAGAAAGGUUCACUUUGACUUCCUUACCUUAUGUCGUAGGAAGGUCACUCGUCCAGAGGAGGUAGCCAGUCAGUCAGUGCUUGCUGCGUCCCGCAAGAAGUAAAGCUGCCCCACACUGCAAGAAAAAGAGUAAGCAUUAGUGUAUGACGGACAGUUGCUGCAAGGACGCCAGACAGCCGGAUGGUACUGGAGGGCACUGCCAAGCGACAGAGGAUGGGGUAUACGAGAAGAUUUUGGGAGUGCGAUUUAAGCUGUUGUCACUUUGUAAUAUUCAAUAACCACCACAAUAUUUUAUCACAAUCAUUUAUCAAAGAUCUUAUCAAAAUAUGAAUAAGAUAUGUGACAUAAUUUUGAGCCAUACCAGAACGAAUAAAACGGCAGUUUGAAUUGACUCUUCCUUUCAGCCCCUGCCAGUUUACAGACUGCUGGGCAGCCACUGCCUCCACUGCUCCUGCCGCGGCAUCCUGGCGUGCUGGGGGCGGCGGUGAUGGUGGUGGCGUGGCUCUAGUUUCCGCCUGAGGUCGCAUCGACGAGCCACACAAAAAUACGAUGAAAAAAGCGAUCCCAUCCCUACCUUCCCUCCCACCCUUCCGCCCUCACUGGACUGCGGCGGCCGUACACCUCCACCGGGCUCUACCUCACGGCUGGCACUAAUUUCCCUCCCGUGCUGCAUAUUUCUCCCUUUCUAUACUUAAAAGGGAAAAGUAGAUGUCCCCCAGCGAUCCCCAAAGGCCUCUUAGACGCCUGUAUCUAGCUGGUCUCCAUACUGUUCCGCGGGAAAGCCACGAGCCUGAUGCUGUAGCCUUAACCGAGGCCUUAUCACUCUCUCCCAGCCACUGCUAGGUCACUGCUGAGUCACUGCGCUGCGAACCUUCAGGCCGAGUAACAACACGUUGUCACUGUGUUCAAUGUUGUCAUGAUCUAGUUUUGUAUGUCCUAGAGGAGCUUUGUACAGUGUCUGACAGCUUGAUGAGUCCCCUACAGAGCCAUAGUCAAGCUCUGUCACGUCACGCACACCACCUGGAUCACCCUACGAGAGGACGAAGAGGAGGUGAUUAGGCUCUUCAAGUAUUUUACGAAGCACAAAUCUGCGUGGUCUGGAGUGAAGGGCAUGCACGGGUGAGGGAAUGAGUCUUGGGGUGGCCAUUAUGUCAGCAGCACCCAGACGCCCCACACUCGCAGCCAUUCGUCACUCAUGUCACGGCCAGAUUUUCAUAUUUGAGAAAUUCCUCUUGAUUUCUACGGAGCAAAGAUGAUUACAAUGACGGAGGUCCAGACACGCACUUGGCAACGGACUUAUCUUUGAGAUACGAAGGACUGACUGAAGACUGGAAACGCUGUGUUACUGUAUUGUAUUGAAGACAGUGGGUUUUGAGCAGCCCAGUAACACUCUAGUGGUGAAACAAUAACUAUAUUGGCCAGUACUCAUAACCAUUGUAUACAUAUUAAUACUAAUGCUAUCAAUACCACUACCGCUAUUAAUAGAAUCACUGUACACUACUUUUCAUCAUUAUCAUCAUUAUCGAGAGGCAAGACAGGUGAAAUAUCUUAACACGAACACAUGCCACGAGUUUCCAGAAUUUUUGUAUUAGAGUAAAAGGAAACAUUGUAUUGAAUUAUUCUAAGAUAAUAAAAUAAAUCGUGUACAGAACUAUUUUUCCAGCCCUUUCAGACGAGUGGCAGAAAAAGUAAGCUUAAAGAGCAAUGAAGUGUAAAGUAAGCUUAAAAGUACUACUAAAUUGUAAGUGUUAAGUGGAGGACGCCUAUAUAUGUGGAACAGAGAUGUAACUAUCGUAUAUUUUGUGUUCGUAUUUCAGAUUUGGAAAUUUAAGAAGUGUGUCAUUAAAUCUGUUGGUGGAAAAGA